AUGGAAUCCAAGCAAUCUGAAGACGCUGGCGGCGGCCAGAACCCGUCGCCGGCGGACGACAAGAAAGCUGGAGACUGGCUCCUCGGAGCAUGCCGGGGAGAAGAAACAGUUUACGUUCACGGGGGCACCGAACCGGAUCCCCUUACUGGUGCCAUUCUACCGCCGAUUUAUCAAAGCACGACGUUCGUUCAAGAGAGUGUUGAGAACUACAUGAACAAAGGAUUUUCUUAUUCGCGAACUGCUAACCCGACGGUGCUCUGUUUAGAACGGAAAAUUGCCGAACUCGAGAGUGGCUUUGGCGCGUGCUGUUUCGCUACAGGCAUGGCAGCAACUGUCACGGUUUUCAGUGCCUUUUUAUCGCCCGGUGACCACUGCCUCGUCACCAACUGUUCCUACGGAGGGACGAACCGUUGCGCGCGGCUGCACUUUUCCAAGUACAACAUUGAUUUCGAGUUCAUAGAUUUCCGUGACCCAUCCAACAUCGACAGGGCGAUUCGCCCUGCAACAAAGCUUGUUUUCUCAGAGUCGCCUUGUAACCCAACUCUGUACCUCGCUGACGUCGAGGCGAUCAGCAAAAUAUGUAAAGCUAGGAAGAUCUUGCAUGUGUGCGACAGCACGUUCGCUACGCCCUACAUGAUGCGGCCCCUGGAACUCGGUGCUGAUAUUGUUGUUCAAUCCACUACCAAGUAUUACGAUGGCCACAAUUGUACACUUGGAGGCGCGGUUAUAUCCUCGUCAAAAGAUAUUCAUGAAAAAAUAUUUUUUCUUCGGAAUGUGCUGGGGAACACCAUGAGCGCGCAAACCGCCUUCUACACGUUGCUCACGGUGAAGACGCUGGCCGUUCGUGUAGAGAAGCAGAGUGCAAAUGCCCAACGGAUUGCGGAGUUUCUGAGCAAGCAUCCGAAGGUCGAACGCGUUAUAUAUCCAGGCCUGCCUUCAUUCCCCCAGAGGGAGCUCGCCCUCAAGCAACACAAACACGUCCACGGUGGCAUGCUAGCGUUUGAGGUCAAGGGAGGUGCAGAUGCAGGGAUCAGGCUCAUGAAUCAUGCCCCGCGCCCCUGGUCUUUAUGCGAGAAUCUAGGCGCGUGCGAAUCAAUCAUCACUUGCCCUGCCGUUUUCACACAUGCAAACAUGCUCCGAGAGGAUCGACUGAAGGUCGGAAUUACCGACGGAUUCAUUCGCGUUUCCGUGGGAAUCGAGGAUGUCAGAGAUCUUAUUCAAGGACUGGACUACGCCCUCACCAAAGUGUAA